GCAUCUGGCAUGUGUACCAGUCCAAUGGACUUCCGGAAUAGUCCAGGUAUUACGGUAAAACUUCGACGGUUACCGAGGAGGUGAAGAGGGAAAUAAAAGGGGCUUCACCGUCCGCCAGGAUGUCGCUUGUAAUCGCGGGGACUCGUUUGGCAAACUUUCAAGGACUUUAUUUGAAGACUCUCUCCAGUCAAACGUCACGAGUAUUCAGAUUUAACAGCGCCUGUCCAGUUCAACUGAGCCACUUGGACCACCUGGUCCUAACAGUGAAAAGUAUUCCCAACACCAUCAAUUUCUACUCCUCAGUGCUUGGCAUGAAGGUGAUCACUUUCAAGGGCGACCGUAAGGCCCUGGGGUUUGGAAAGCAGAAGUUUAACCUUCACCAAAUUGGUGCAGAAUUUGAACCCAAAGCCAGGCGACCAACCUCAGGGUCUGCAGAUCUGUGUCUCAUCACUAAGACCCCUCUGGGUACAGUUGCUGCACACUUGAAGGCUUGUGGGAUCAAAAUAGAGGAGGGUCCAGUGGAGAGGAGUGGAGCUGUAGGGGCCAUCACCUCACUGUACUUCCGGGAUCCGGAUGACAAUCUCAUCGAAGUCUCAGUCUACAACCAGCCAGCAUCAGAAGACAUCUCUUAGGAUGUAUUUAUAACUUGUUAGGCUUUGUUUGGAAAUUCAGAUUUAUGGGAUUUUUUUUUUUUACUUCUCUGGCAAACAUUUAAUAAACCACCAGAAUUAUUUUUGAAUGGCCUAUCAAUCAGCUCUUGGAGACCAACUUUGUACAGUACUUGUUAAAAUUGUGUUUGAAGGCCCCCUCUCAGUUCAGCAACACAUGCACUACUAUUAGGCCAAGGUAGAUAACAUCAGUUUACCAUGCUGAGGCCCCCAAAUUACUGUAUAAUUGUACUGACCAGUGGCUGCCAUUUGCAAUGUGCGUGAGAAACGGAAACAGAGAGUUUACUAUAGAUAUACUCCUAGUUUAGCUGCUGAAGUGAAAAACUCCUGACUAGACAUGAAGAUGUAAAAGGGGCAUACAGGUAUUUUGCUGUAAAAUAAUAUUUCAGAAUGUUAGGAGAGAAAUGUGUAAUAUCACUUGUUCAAAUUAUAUUACAUUCUUUCCGUCCUACAAGAUGAAAUCCUCUGUUGGGUAUUUUUCAGGUUGACUUUUGAUAUAUUUUUUUAAACUACAUCACUGUCUUUUCUCAUGAUUUGUCAAAAAAACAAAAAAAACAAAACAAAAACCCUUUAAAUCUUAUGGGAUUUCAGUAAAAAAAAAAGCAA